AUGAUAAAAUAACUAUUUAAAUUGAGAGUAUUUACUUUUUGCCAAGAAGCAAACUUUGGUUUUAAAAAAGUCAAACUUGAAGAAAAAUAAGAACAUGUCAAUUAAGUAUUUCACAAUGUUGCAAAUAAUUACGAUUUGAUGAAUGAUUUGAUGAGUGGUGGAUUGCAUAGAUGUUGGAAGAAUUCGUUUGUUGAAGAAUUAGGAUCAUUAAAAAAUGGAGAUUCCUCUAUUCGAGUACUAGAUGUUGCUGGAGGUACAGGUGAUAUUGCAUUCCGUAUACUUGAGAAACAUAAAGGAAAUAAUUUGUUUAAUGAAAAUCUAAAAAUAACAGUUUUAGAUAUAAAUUAAUCCAUGUUGGAUGUAGGAUAAAAAAGAGCAAAUCAAUUAGGAUUUUAAAAUUAAAUUGAAUUUGUAUGUGCAAAUGCAGAAGAAUUGCCAUUUGAAUCAAAUACUUUUGAUGCUUAUACAAUAGCCUUUGGAAUUAGAAAUGUUCCUAGAAUUCCUAAAGCAAUCGGUGAAGCUCACAGAGUGUUGAAAUAAGGAGGAAAAUUCUAAUGUUUAGAAUUCAGUAAGGUUCAGAAUCCAGUUUUAUCUUUUUUGAAUUAAUUUUAUUAAUUCAAUUUAAUUCCAGCUAUGGGAUAAAUAGUGGCCAAUGAUAGACAUUCAUAUUAAUAUUUAGUAGAGAGCAUAGAAAAGUUCCAUAGUCAAUAAGAUUUAUUAAAAAUAAUAGAAGAUGUUGGCUUUAGAUUUGCAGGUUUUAAAAAUUAUAUGGAUGGGGUUGUGGCUGUACAUUUUGGAUUUAAGUUAUGAUGUUAAUUUAUUAAGUUAAUUUAAUUGCAAAUUUCAGGUAAAA